UUUGUUUUCAGUCACGUGCGGACAUAACCUCAUAUUCGGCAACGUGUCCUGUGUUGAUAGUAAUAAUUAUACACUCCAGAGUUCAGCCUGAACCUUCAACCUCCAAUUCCUAAUUAGUAUAUUUUAGUAAUUAAAAUAGGGUGAGAAUAUUUUGUCAAAGAUGAGAGAAAUUCCUUUAGCGAGAUGUGAGAGGGAAUUCAUUAAUAGUUCAGUGGAGCAGGAAAUAAGACUCGAUGGUAGACGAAUAUUCGAAGGUAGAAAGGUGAAAUUGCACUUUGGAGGGACCUGGGGCAGGUGUCUCACAGCCCUAGGCCAUACCCAAGUACUAGCAAAUGUAUCAUGCGACGUUCAGCCUCCAAAAGUGUCCAGACCCAACGAGGGAAUGGUGCACAUAAACGUCGAAUUAACACCUCUGGCAGCUCCUUAUUUCGAAGCUGGAAGACAGUCAGAGACGGCGGUUCUUCUCACCAGACAGUUGGAGAAAUGCUUCAAGGAUUCGAGGUGCCUUGACCUAGAGUCCCUCUGCAUUGUGGCUGACAAGAAAGUGUGGAACCUCAGAGUGGAUAUCAAUGUGAUCAAUCAUGAUGGCAAUCUUGUGGAUUGCGCUAGUAUUGCUACCCUAGCUGCUCUGCUCCAUUUCCACAGACCGGAUGUCACUUCCACUGGAGAUGAAGUCAUUAUCCACUCAUUCGCUGAAAAGGAUCCUCUGCCUGUGACUCUAUUCCAUCAACCAAUCUGUGUCUCAUUUACAACGUUUGAGAAUGGAACGACUGUAAUGGAUCCUUCAUAUGUAGAGGAAAGACUGGGGGUGACUCAGCUGACCAUGGGCUUAAACGCCUACAGAGAACUCUGUUGUCUGCAUUUCGAUCACACAUCAAUCAGCAGAGUAUCCACUGAUGUCCUGUCUCUCGCAAUGAAAGAUGCUGUCAAUUAUGCGACUAAUUUGGUGAGACAAAUUAAGGAAACGGUCAAGAUAGACGUCGAAUCCAGGUACAAAAAAGAAGCAGCGAAGGCUUUUAGGUUCAAAGACGCUAUUGCAGUCGACAAAAUCACCUCAAUGAUGGCCGAGAGGAUCCACAUACGACUCUCCAAAUGGCAAUCGACAAACAAUGCUAAAGAGGAACUCGAAGAUUCUUUGGACAUCGAGAUGAAGGACGAGCAGGACAUUAAGAUUGCCGGAGUGGGUAAGGGGUCAGCAGAAUUGAUAACAAUUAGUAAUUUAGCUGUUGGAGAAGGAGGGAAGAGCACAUGGGACUCCUCAGACCCUGAAGCCAUGGAGGAUGACGAUGAUGAUGAUGAUUCUGGAGAAAUUGAGCUCAUAAAAGUCCAGAAACCGGAGAAGAAGGUUUUGGAUAACAUAGAACUGAGUGACAGUGAAGAGGAGACCACGUGCACAGUCUCAACGAGUGAUUUACGCUGAUGAAAAAAUAUCAAAAGACGAGUAAAGAAAGAGUGUCCAAUAAAUAAUUUAUUCUAUAAAAUAAUUAAUAUAAAUAAAUAAUAUAAUAUAAUAUAAAUAUUAUAAUAAAAUAUAAUAUAAAUAUAAAUAAUUAAUUCUUAUAAAAUAUACUGCCGUCUAUCAACAAUUUAAAAAAUUCUUUCAAAUAAAUUCACAAUUUUUUUUUUGUAUAAUCAUUCAUACAUGAUUCAGUUGUCACCUCCCCGAGGAAGAAGAC